GCUUUGCCGAUGGUCCCUAAGCCGCGGCCGGGGGGGGCGGGCCUGGCGGAGCCCAUAAAGGCUGCCGGUCGGCUCCGGUCGCCCCCGCCACUGCCACUGCCAGCAGCUCCGGUGCAGCCAGCCCCGAUCCCAAGCAAGAUGUCGAUCCAGAAGAUCCAUGCUCGUGAAAUCCUGGACUCCCGGGGGAACCCCACGGUGGAGGUGGACCUGCACACCGCCAAAGGUCGCUUCCGGGCUGCAGUGCCCAGUGGGGCAUCUACUGGCAUCUACGAAGCCCUGGAGUUGCGGGAUGGAGACAAAGCCAGGCACCUGGGCAAAGGGGUGUUGAAGGCCGUGGAGCACAUCAACAAGACGAUCGCCCCAGUCCUGAUUGAGAAGAAAAUUAGCGUCGUUGAGCAGGAAAAGAUCGACCAUGUCAUGAUCGAAUUGGACGGAACGGAGAACAAAUCCAAGUUUGGGGCCAACGCCAUCCUGGGGGUCUCCCUGGCUGUGUGCAAGGCUGGGGCGGCCGAAAAGGGGAUCCCCCUCUACCGCCACAUCGCGGAUCUUGCUGGGAACAAGGAGCUCAUCCUGCCAGUGCCGGCUUUCAACGUGAUCAACGGGGGCUCCCACGCGGGGAACAAGCUGGCCAUGCAGGAGUUCAUGAUCCUGCCGGUGGGGGCCAGCACCUUCAAGGAAGCCAUGCGUAUUGGGGCGGAGGUCUACCACAACCUGAAAGCCGUCAUCAAGAACAAGUACGGGAAGGAUGCCACCAACGUGGGGGACGAAGGCGGCUUCGCCCCCAACAUCCUGGAGAACAACGAAGCCCUGGAGUUGCUGAAGAGCGCCAUCGAGAAAGCCGGCUACCCGGACAAGAUCGUGAUCGGCAUGGACGUGGCCGCCUCCGAGUUCUUCCGCAAGGGCAAAUACGACCUGGACUUCAAGUCCCCCGACGACCCCAGCCGCUACAUCUCUGGGGAGAAGCUGGGCGAGCUUUACCAGAGCUUCAUCAAGAACUACCCAGUGGUCUCCAUCGAGGACCCCUUCGACCAGGACGACUGGGACACCUGGAAGAGCUUCCUGACCAAGGUGCAGAUCCAGAUCGUGGGGGACGACCUGACGGUCACCAACCCCAAGCGCAUCCAGAAGGCGGUGGAGCAGAAGGCCUGCAACUGCCUCCUGCUGAAGGUCAACCAGAUCGGCUCCGUCACAGAGUCCAUCCAGGCCUGCAAGUUGGCCCAGAGCAACGGCUGGGGGGUGAUGGUGAGCCACCGCUCCGGGGAGACCGAGGACACCUUCAUCGCCGACCUGGUGGUGGGGCUCUGCACUGGGCAGAUCAAGACCGGAGCCCCCUGCCGCUCGGAGCGCCUGGCCAAGUACAACCAGCUGAUGAGGAUCGAGGAAGAGCUGGCGGAUAAAGCAGUGUUUGCUGGCCGCAAAUUCCGGCACCCUCUGGCCAAGUGAGCCCUCCAGGAAUCCAGCGGGGAAGGGGGGGGCUGCCUGCUGAAACGGACCCCCCCUUGCCCUUCGAGGCCUCCGGUCUCUUUUACCACCUGUAGAUCACCUGUGAAACUGCCCCAACUCCACCUUGGGGGCCUGAAUAGAACGGCUGCUGUGCCUACCACUUU